UACUAGGAUUGUGACAUUGCCAUAGAGAAUUAGCCAUGCUAUUUUAAAGUUUCCUUUUUUAAUACUAAUUCUUGUAGUUUGUUUCCGCAUUUUGACUAAUUUUGGUAUCUAAUAAUUUAUAUCUCUGAUUCUCCAUGGUUAAUUAAUUUUAUUAAUGCCCAGGAAAUCUAGUUUCCAAAGCUACUCACUGGAUUGGUAAUGUGUUCUAAAUAAUUAUUUUAGAUGAUAGCACUUUAGUUAUGUAAGGAGAAGUGUUCUAAAGUAUUAUAGGCCUCAUUUAGGAUAACAUCGCAAACAUUCACCUUUGUUUGCCAGAGCUCUUUAAAUCCUAGCAUAAUGACUCAGCUAUGGUAGCAGAUUUCUUUUCUAGAAGUGUCCUUAGUAAAUGCUUCUCUUUUCCUCUCCAAAUGGUAAUGAAUGUUUCUCUGGGGCAUUUUGAUAACAUAGAGCAGAGCUAAAAUUUUGUUCAAUUGCCUUUCCAUGUUAUAUUCUUUGCCUUAUUUUGCAUCUUCCUUUUUUUCUAGUAGAUGAAUAAACACCUAUACAACAAUGAGAGACAGAAAGAUUUAGGUAUUGUCGUAUUGAUGAAAAUUUCUGUUUCUGGAUGAUAUGCUAAACCUUUCAUGCCUGACUCAAUGUCACUUUGUGAAUAUACACACCAUGUAAUACCUUUUAAAAAGUGCAGGGACGUAUGGAAAUAAAAUUGGAUUAAUGGCCUUUGGGAGAGAAAAUCAACCUUUAUGGGUAUGUUUUAUAUCAUCAGUAUUCUUUUUAUACUGGUUUUUGUUGUUCCUUCCUCUUCCUUGUCUCAAAUUACCAUGUUGUAGAUUCACAUUUCAUAAGAAGUAACAGCUCCUUUGGUGCUGGUGAGAUCCAACCAAAAGUGACUUCUAGCACUCUACACAUGUAGACCAGAGACAUUUAUGUUCAAGGUCAGAAUCUUUAGCCUCGGUUUCCUAGCUGGUGGGAAAAAAACCCACUGAGAUUCACGCCCAAUAACGUGUACCAGUAGCAGCAUGGCUGCUUGUGAACUCACUGCUUGUGAGUCCACAUGACAUCCUUUAGCUUUGAGGUCAUAUUGUGCCACUGACAUGAUUGUGGCCAAAACAUAGGUAGAGUGGACAGAGCCUGUGUAAUCUUCUAGAAGGGAUAUUUGUUGAGUUCUGCAAAAAUGUUUGAUAAAAGCAUCUACUUAUUGCUGCUAAUGGUUAACUUUAAAUAUGCACCUUUGAAGUUUUUCUUAAUAGCUGUUUUUUUAAAAAUGAAUUGUGCCAAAUCAAUAUGACUUUAUUUAAUCUUUUCCUUGACACCCUUUCUCCUCCUCUUCAAAAUAUUAUUUGAUUAAUAACAGAUGUCAAGGCCUGCAGAGAAAUUAGCUUCCCUAGAUGUCAGUCCUUUACUCCUGUCAGACUUACUACAUUUGUACAGUCAAUGUAAGACAGAGAAAGUGAGGCAGGAGUAAACUGAGCAGGAUCUCUUACUCUAAAACAGCAAAACCAUAAAACAAAAGCCACAAAUGUCUCAGAAAGCUUAAAUAAAUGCAAUAUAAGGGUUUAUGUGAUGAAUCAAAAAUUAGCAGUGUGGCUUUUACUUUUUGAUGUAAAAAUAAUGUCACUGAUAUCACCACUUUUGCCUCACAUCUGGUCACAGAACUAAUUUUCAAUUAUCCUUUUUUUUUUUUUUUUUUGUAGCUUGCUGUUUUGUUGAAAAUAUCUCCUUCCUUUGCUGGGAAAAAAAUUAUAUAGCAUUCUUACAUGUGCUUUCAGGCUUUAAAGAGCACACAUUGUAUGAAUUUUAGACUUAAUUUUUAGUUUAAUGUGCUACCUACUAUGAUUAUACGUAGCUCAGUGUUUAUAUCCAUCUUAUAACAACAUAGAAAUCACCUAUAACAGCAUUUAAGCCAAUAAAUUCACAGUGUGCUCUAAACUCUUAUCUAAUUGGCUGCUGGAUCUUGCAUGUCAUAAUCACAUCAAACAACAGUAAGCAGUAUCUAGAGUUAAAAGGAGGGGAUUUAUUUUUCAAUCUAAAGAUUUUCUCCUCUCUAAUAAGACCUCUGAACUCAUAAGCCAUCUUUAAGAAUUUCUUACAAAAACAUGCUGGAAGAUAGUGGAUCUUAUUUGUAUCCUGAAGAUUUUUUUCUCUUUGUUAUUUUAAAUUAAUUGUCAACAGAUGUGGAACUGUUGAGUUGGUUCUUAAGUCACUCGGAGAAGGGAAAGAUGCAUCUACUCAAGGUUGGCACUUGGAGAAACAACACUGCCUUUUCCUGGCUUAUCAUGUUCAGUGUUCUUUGGCUUGUUAGUCAGAACUGUUGCAGAGCAAGUGUUGUUUGGACGGCUUAUAUGAACAUAUCAUUUCAUGUUGGGAAUCAUGUGUUGUCAGAGUUGGGAGAGACUGGAGUCUUUGGAAGAAGCUCCACUUUGAAGAGAGUGGCAGGAGUUAUAGUGCCACCGGAGGGAAAAAUCCAAAAUGCAUGUAAUCCCAAUACCAUUUUCAGCCGAUCAAAGUACUCAGAGACCUGGCUUGCACUUAUUGAACGGGGAGGUUGUACCUUCACACAGAAAAUUAAAGUGGCAGCUGAGAAGGGAGCCAGUGGAGUGAUCAUCUAUAACUUUCCAGGAACUGGCAACCAGGUGUUCCCCAUGUUUCAUCAGGCAUUUGAAGAUGUCGUUGUGGUUAUGAUUGGUAACUUAAAAGGCACGGAAAUUUUCCAUUUAAUUAAGAAGGGAGUUCUCAUUACAGCCAUGGUUGAGGUGGGGAGAAAGCACAUCAUCUGGAUGAAUCACUAUUUGGUCUCUUUUGUGAUUGUCACAACUGCUACCUUAGUAUAUUUCAUCUUUUAUCACAUUCAUAGACUUUGUUUAGCGAGGAUUCAGAACCGGAGAUGGCAGCGAUUAACAACAGAUCUUCAGAAUGCAUUUGGACAACUCCAACUUCGAGUGGUAAAAGAGGGGGAUGAGGAAAUAAAUCCAAAUGGAGAUAGCUGCGUAAUUUGCUUUGAAAACUAUAAGCCUAAUGACAUAGUCCGUAUUCUGACUUGUAAACAUUUUUUCCACAAGAAUUGCAUUGACCCCUGGAUUUUAUCCCAUGGGACAUGCCCCAUUUGCAAAUGUGAUAUUCUUAAAGUUUUGGGGAUUCAAGUGGAUGUUGAAAAUGGAACAGAACCUUUGCGAGUUCUAAUGUCAAGUGAACUGCGUGAAACCUUAUCACCUAGUGAAGAGGAGACAAAUAACGAAGUUUCUCCUGCAGGAACCUCAGAUAAAGUAAUCCAUGUGGAGGAGAACCCUACUUCUCAGAAUAAUGACAGCCAGCCUCAUUCAGUAGUGGAAGAUGUUCAUCCUUCACCUUGAUGGCCUGACUUUUGAGGAAGUGUAUUAAACCUGUAUGUGAAAUCAGAUCCUGAUACUGACAAGCAGUUUGUCUGUU